CAUGUAUAUUAUAGAUCAAGAGUCAACCACGUAAAUUUGACAGCUCACACGAUGUGCAAUUCUUUGUUUUUCUUCUUGCAGAAGACGGCUCAAAAGAUCAGGACGCAUCUUUGACGCGCCAGAGCCGAAAUAGAAUGAAAAAAUGAUGUCAAGCCCAAAAAGAGGCUCCUUCCUUAUUAUUUACGUGAAAUUUAUGCAUGCACGCAUAUACUGCGGGGAAACGUGCUGGAUUUGCGGAAAAUUUACAGGGGAGGCUGGAGUGUGACGCAGUUUUGGCAGAGUGAAGGGGUGCGUUGUUUUGGCGGGGGCGGUGGCGGCGAACGGAGGCGGCAGGAGAGAGGAGCGCGCGGAGAACGGUGCGAGGGGCGGCCAAGCGCCGCGGGUCGAUAACGUUCAUCGAUUCACCGUCGUGCAUGCCCCUUCCAUUCAAACUGAAACUGCGCCGCUCGCCGCCACUUGCACACUCCCGAAUGUCACCGCCACCGCGUUCGGCUCGGUCAUUCCCAAUUGCAGCCGAAAAACAGUCGGGAGCGCACGUCCUUUGCAUGCAGCCGCACACGAGCUGCAAUUUUGAAAGACCGGCGCCGCUAUUUUAAUUCACACAGAUUGUGCGCCGACGUGACCUGGCCCAUCGCGCCGAGCCGAGAGUCAGCACUUACGUCAGCGCGCGGCACAACCCCCGAGCACGGCCCAGGUCGCGGCGACCACCCGCCAGAGCACACGGCACCUGCUGCUGUCGACACGCAACGACACCCACUCUCUGCUACUGCCAUCACAUCGAGCCACACGAGAACGACAGGCAGUGAGAAAUGGCGUCCGGCAAGUUCAUGUGGGGCCAGGACAAGGAGCCGGCUGACCCUGAACAGACGUUCAUCGAGUUCUCGGCCAAGCCGUCGUCGUCGGAGCCAGCCGCCUCGGCGCCGCAGCCGAAGCAGCCGAAAGCCGAGUCGGAGAAAGCAGAGCCGCUGAAGAGCGCGCUGAAAAAGCCGCCCCCCGGCGCGGCCAUCCCCAUCAACAUCACCCCCGCGGAGGUCAUCUCGACGGACACGCAGGGGGUGCCCGCCGUGCCCACCAAUAACGAGCAGGACGACGAGGAACGCGGUGGCUGGGGCAACAAACUCGACUUUCUCUUCUCUUGCAUCAGCGUGUCCGUCGGUCUUGGCAACGUUUGGCGCUUUCCCUACCUGUGCUACAAGAACGGCGGGGGCGCCUUCCUCGUCACUUACGGCAUAGCGAUGAUCCUUUGUGGAAUUCCAAUCUUCUUUCAAGAAGUGGCGAUUGGACAGUAUCUCGGAGCCGGAGGAAUGACUUUGGUUGGGCAGUUGUGCCCAAUCCUCAAAGGCGUCGGCUAUGCUACGAUGACGAUGGUCUUCUUCUUGGACAUCUACUACUGCAUCAUUAUCGCCUGGACCCUAUUUUAUCUGAUAAACUCGUUUGUCUCUCUGCCAGAUCUUCCGUGGCAAAGUUGCGGCAACUGGUGGAACACUGAGUCGUGUUUCUCUCCCGAAAUGAAUGUUUCGACAAUGAAGACGAACCACACGACCACCCCCGUCGAGGAGUACUGGGACAAACGCGUCUUGCAAAUCACCAGUGGCAUCGAUGUUGUCGGCGGAAUGCAGUGGGAGCUGCUCGGAUGUCUUUUCCUUGGCUGGAUGCUCAUCUAUGGUAUUAUCUGCCGAGGACUGCACCAAAGCGGAAAGAUUAUUUGGUUCACGGCGCUGUUCCCUUACGCGGUGCUCCUCGUCUUGCUGGUGAGGGCAGUGACCCUGGAUGGAGCGGGUACGGGUCUCCUGUAUUAUGUGACGCCGCGCUGGGAAAAGCUGCUUGAGGCGAGUCCGUGGAUCGACGGUGCGACGCAGAUAUUCUUCGCAUAUAGCAUCGGCACCGGCGCCCUGCCUGCGCUCGGUUCCUACAACAAAUUCUACCACAACUGCUACAAAGAUGCUAUUAUUACGUGCAUCGUGAAUACACUGACGUCAUUGUUGGCCGGCUGCGUGACCUUCUCCAUCCUAGGCCACAUCGCUCUGGAGCAGAAAACUGAAGUGUCCGAGGUCGUCAAAAGUGGGCCUGGCUUGGUUUUCCUGACGUACCCUGAAGUGGUACUCAAAUUGCCGGGUGCUCCCAUUUGGGCUGCUAUUUUCUUCAUCAUGUUAGUGAUAUUGGGCAUUGACAGCGAAUUCUGCAUCGUCGAGUCGUUCGUGACUGGCAUGGUUGACAACUGGCCUGAGGUCUUGCGCCCGCACAGGAAUAAAUUCACGCUCGGCAUCUGUUUUUUGAUGUUCUUCCUUGGUGCUACCAUGGUCACCCACGGUGGCGCAUACAUUUUCCAAUUGAUGGACUUUUACUCAGCGAGCGGAAUGCCGCUUUUGUGGUGCUGCUUCUUCCAAACGAUCGCCAUCUCUUGGAUUUUCGGCGCUGAGAAGUUCUGCGACUGUGUGCACCAGAUGAUGGGCAUCAAGCCCAACAAGUUCUGGUACAUCUGUUGGGUCUACCUCGCACCCUCCGUCAUGCUGGCAAUUUUCUUCUUCUUCAUCGUGCAGUACGAACCGAUCAAAUACGGCAACUACCAGUAUCCAACCUGGGCUGAGGCUGUUGGAAUUGGAAUCAGUCUCACUUCCAUGGUUUGGAUUCCUGCUUAUGCCGUAUACUAUGUGUUUGCCACUCCUGGAUCUAUAAAGGACAACAUUGUGAACGGCCUGAAGCCCAACAUCAAGAGCAGAGCCAAGAUACCGAAGGGUGAGAAAACGGCAGUGAUCCCAAUGUCUGAGAGCAGUGCCGGCCUCAUCUCCAAGAACAGCUCGUUCAUCUCAAAAAACAGCUCAUUCAUCUCGACGAAGAACAACUCGUUUCUGAAUCAGUAGUGCGAGCAGGGCGCUGGCAGGGUGGACUCUGCCAACGCGUCCCUCCAGCUGAAAAAGUCGUCCUCCCCGCUCGCGCGAGCAGGCAAAGGCAGGCACUCGGCCACGGAACUUUAAUCUGGAGAAAAUACGAUAGUGAGAUUAGAGCAAGAGACACUAAAAUUCGACGCGCUUAAACAGCCGAAGCGCGUAAGUUUGAUGAAUUCUACAGUUUAGUUAGGUACGUAGAUAUGUAGUAUUUAUUUGUUGCGAUUUUUGGUAAAGACACUCUGGUAGGAAAAUAUUUAUAAUUAGUUGGACUUGGGAUGUUUAGUUGGAUAACUUUUUCUAUGGAAUCAUAUUUUAAGCACAAUAAUUACUCUUACAUUCAUAAAUUUUAAUUACUAAAACAUUUCUACCACUCUACGUGGUUCAAGGAAAUGCUACUCAAUUCAAUGGUUUUACUAAACCUUUCCUUGUGAGUAAUUUUGUAAAUUUAAUUUCAUUUAAAAAUCUUUUUAUUUAAAACGGUAUUGUACAUUACCAAAAAUUGCUUCAUUUUUUUUUAAACAAAGAGAAUUUUUUGCAACACAAAUUUGAACAAUUCAAUGGGGUUAAAUCCGAUUAUGAUUUAAUCUACAGAAAUGCUUUGUUCCAGUGUAUUUACCCGUAGUUUAAAAUAAUUUAAAUUUAAAAAAAAUCCCAUAGGUCAACCAAACUUUUGUGUCAUUUUGAUUAUUUUUAUUUGGAUCUACUCAACUCUUUUAGCUGUGGCCGCAUUUCUGGUUCCCACCGUGCAAAUUAUCUGCAGAAAUGUCACCAUUUCUCACUGAUUUUAUUAUGCUGUAUUGGGGAAAAAGUUAACCAACUAAAAUUUCAAGUCCAAGCCCGACACGGUGCGCGACGGCGCGUCCAACCAUAAUGCAUUUUCAUUUUACACGAAGUUGUUGUUACUUGUAGUUGAGGAGGUUGUUGGUGGUCGAGAGUUAUCGUUCAGCUGCUGAAUGGUGAUAUUUACGAUGGCAAUUUUUUGUUUCGAGUUUUUACUAAUGAUUCGAAACAUGAAUAGAAUCCAAUAAUCGGCCUUGCGCAAUCUUCAGAAAACUGAAACUCUUCCAAAUUUUGCUAUCCAGGGUAAUCAAACGAAUGCUGACACAUUUUCGCGAGAAUCAAUAGUGCCACUAUGUUAUUAUUAUCAACCUAAUAGCCGAUUCUUUUGUACAUUGCAUUUCCUUCUUAUUUGGGUAGUUUACAUAGCGUUUACCUCGUCAUUGUUGGUACCAUUUUACCCACUUUUUAGUAUUAUAUUUUAAGUCCCAAGAGGGUCGCUGAUGAUUUAUCUCAGACUGGUCUCUGAUCUACAAACACUUUUAUAUUGAAUGUGUUAUACAUACAUAUUGCAAUAAUUAUUCGCCAAACAGAGUUUUUUGAUGUUUCGCGUUUGCAAAACUUAAAUGGUUGGGUCUUGCUCAAAUAAUGUAUAUUGCGUGUGCACAAAUCCUGUGUAUCACCCAAUCACUCUAACAAUAACACAAAGAAAUCGUUUCGCUUGGAGAUCGUUUUAGGAAAGUUUGCAUCUCCUUGCCAGGUGUUCAUAUUCCAGAAACUCAGCCUGAAUGGGCUCUUUUUGACGGUUUUAUUGUUUUUCUAUUGCCUCGGUGGAAAGUCAUCAGAAACUCGCUGUGCGUUCAGGAAUAAUAUACUCAGAACCGAAGACUGUCUGCACUUAAAUGAGUGUUUUCUGCCGCGUGGCAAAGCCAAAACACAACAGAGGUGAGAUUUGUCAAACUCUUCCUUCUGCUACGCCUGGAACUUAUCGCGCAUUUGUUUUGCUUGUGCCAUCACUUGAAAGUGUCGCUGUUCUGGAAUAAAUUAACCGCAUUCAGCAGCGAAAACAAAGUAAUAUCACAGGAUCGGAGAAGCAACGAGAGUUAUAAAAUGCUUUAGCGCGAGGUAAUCUAGCGAAAAGGUGUAUCAGAACAUAAUUAUCACUAGACAUAGACUGUGAUAAAAUCGCAGAGCGAAAUUUGAGAGAGCAACUCGAGUUACAUAAAUAGUUGGAGCAUAAUUUGUCGUGUGUAUUGUAUAAUAAAAUGUGGACAAAAAAUGAAGCAAGCUAUUGACAAUACUAACAAAACACAAAUCAUCAUGCUGUUAAAAUUGAUGUGAAAAACCACAGCUUUUCUUUGCGUGUCAGUUCAUCGUUUUUGUUUAUCCUCUUCAUCUAACACCAUACAAAAAUUGUUUCAUUGCUUGAACUGCUAACUCGCAAUCCUCUUGAUGUGUGUCAGAAAAUUUUGACUUAAAUUCUCAAUUUUCUGGCACUUAAUUGUUGACUUGUGAAAAAUCUCAAUAAAAAUUGUGUCUCCCUUCUGUGAUGUGCGAGUUCACUAACUGUUUAAAAAAAAUGAAAAAUAAUAACAGAAGCUGGAAAAGAACUACCGUGUAAAAUAGAACUCAAAUAAUGGCUGUAUAUUGGACAAGCUGUAUAUAUAAAAACCUGUUUUCGGUGUAUAUAUACUAAAUCGAACCCCUCACUGGAUGAGCAUUCGAAAAACACGUAGAAAAAUCAUGGAGAAAAAGUGAGUUCAAAUGUGUUUGCAGUGCAGAGUACAACGGAUGGGAAUUCUGAUCAAAUUGAAUUUUGGUACAAGGGAAUUUUUGUCACAGGAAGAUGCGAGUUGCGGGGUUGUCAACUAUUUCGUUGCUCGUUAUUCUCUUUUCGUUUGCACUCUGAAAUGAGUGUAGGCGGACAUUUUCAACGAUCGCUGAUUCAAAAAUUCUCUGCAACUAAUACCGUUGCUAUGAAUUUUGUUUUGCUUAUGAUACCUGAGCAGUCAACACAGCUGCUGUACAGUAUGAAAAUGGAUGAUAAUAUUUUUUGUUGUAAUUUUUUCCCUAAUUAUUAAAGCCUCCUACUCCUUGUUUGUUCUAGGGAGCGUGGCCAUAGUAAAAUCAUUCUUAUAAAUCAAAUUCCUUUUGUUCGGCCAAAAUGUAAUAUAUAAAUAUCCAGGUUGUUUUCCCUGCUUGAUCAAACGAAUGUUUAAAAUUUUCUGCUGAAGUAAGUUCCCUUUAAAAAUUAAUUUUUAAUCGGUAAAAAUCUUUCAUUGAAUCCUCAACAAAAUCAAAAAUAGAUUGAUUGCAGCUACGUUAUUAUUAAAUCUUUUUGGGAAAGAGUUCUGAGAAUAUUUAUUGUUUUCUACAAUUUAUUCACCUUGAAUCAGAAAAAAUAAUAUUCUCCAGCUUAUUAAAUUCCCAUCCCUUGGAGCCUCUGCCAUGAUUUACGACCUGCCGAAUCAAUAUACUUGUAAAGUGAGGUGUAUAGUGUAUUCUACUCGUGAAAAGGCGUAGAUCGCAAUCUGUAUUUAGCAGCUGUUAAUGUUACGAGAGUCCAAAGAUACUUAAUUAGGCUGAUAUAGAGACGAAAGCAGCUGGGAGGAGUUGGCCUUUGUGAUACAGGAGACGUGAGGAAAAUUCUGAUCAAAAAUAUCAUUUUCCCUGUAGUGUGUGUGCCAUAUAUUAACGUUCUCUUUCUUGAUCAGGAUGUGAAUGAGGGCGGAAGUUAGUUGGGUGUUGCGACAAAAAUUGCUUAAAACCUUGUCGAGCUGACACGAGUCGAGCGGAGUCGACUCGGUGUUUGGAACAAAGUGCCAAAUCCUGCGCUAAAAAUUUUGUUUGUCCACCUUUUUUCAGACGAAAGUACACUCUAUGUAGAGACUACACGCACGCUGAACAUUUAAUUAGUUGCUCAAUGAAGAACAAAAACUCUGUUUCCGAAAUUUAUUUUCCGCGCGUAAAGUGCCGCCGACUCUAUUGUAAUAUGCUUGUUUGUACUUUUUAGACUUAAAAUGCGCUUAGUUUAACGCAAGAUGCGAAAAUUGAAAUCGAAUGGAAUGGAAGACAAAAUAAAGCAUUAUUUUACAAUGUUCCACACA